AGCUUAUUGUUUUACUUUUAACUACAAGCAGCUUUAUCUGGUCCCAACAACUUAUCGUGAUAAGAUAGAUUAGCAGCUUGUUCGCUGCUUCCGUUUCAACAAAAAUUCAUAGAGAGCAUUGGACUUAAUGUAAACAACGCCAUUUGUGAGAGAAGUGUUAUCAUUGUUUGAUAACUUCAGUUUUAAAAACAUAACAGCUGAUGUUGGACUCAGGUUUUUAGUGUCCUUAAACCCACUUUUUAUUUUAAACAUGUCUGAAGGUUGCACACUUGGAUAUUGGGACAUACGAGGUCUUGCUGAACCAGUAAGGUAUUUAUUACAUUAUAAAGGAAUUGAAUUCGUCGACAAGAGGUACUUGAGCUACGAUGGCUGGCAGAAUGACAAAUUCAACUUGAAUUUAGACUUUCCCAACUUACCGUAUUACAUAGAUGAAAAUGUGGCUCUUACGCAAAGUACAGCCAUACUGAGAUACCUUGCCAGAAAGCAUGGUUUGGAUGGAAAUACCGAAGAGGAAAAGGUGCGAGCAACUUUGGCUGAACAGCAAAUUAUUGAUUUUCGAACCAGCAUGAUUCGAACUUGUUAUAAUCAUGAGUUCGAAAAAAUAAAGCCAGAGUUUGUGAAAAAUGUUCCAGCUCAACUUAGAUUGUUUGUUGCAUUUUUAGCUGAUCGCAAAUUUCUUGCUGGUGAUAAUGUGACUUAUGUGGAUUUCAUGGCGUAUGAAACUUUUGAUUUUUAUCGGCUUCUAAUACCAACUGUGCUAAAUGAAUUUCAUAGUCUUAAAGCUUAUCAAGAUAGAAUUGAAAAUUUACCAGAAUUGCAAAGCUAUUUACAUUCUACUAUUUACAAACGAUGGCCAAUUUUUGGUCCUGUUGCGCAUUUUGGCGGUAAAGGUACGGAACCAAAACGUCUCUAGUUUCAAGAUUUGAUAACCCUAAAAUGAUUAUUAGAAAAGGUAAUUAAAUAACAAUCCUUAUUAAAGCAUGCUAUAGAGUAAUUUUUUUAACAACUGCUCAGAGAAUAUAAUGUAUAUUAGAUAAAACUAUUCUCGAAAUUUACCAUAUUUGUAUUGAUAUGUUUGUAACAACUAAAAAUUUACUUGUAUAUCUGAUAAAUUACUUUCUUUUUUUGAU